GCUCCUGCGGUCACUAGCCCAGCUCACGCAGUUCGGGGCCCAGCACCCGCCGACUCCAGCAGCUGCUCUGUGUGCUGCGUUUUUCUUCCUCCAUUUCCGUUCCCACGAGGUGCGGAUGGUCGCAGCACUCCUCAGCCAGCCUGGUGCGAUGCUGCCCCGCAGGUGGUGAAGAAUGGCGUACCCGACCCUUUGGUUUCUGCUCUUCGGAAUUAUCCUCUGUGGGGCCCUACGCAGUGCUACUGCCAUCCAGCCAGGCACUCUCCUAUCUUGUGAUGGAACUGAGACCAUCUCAGUAAAAUCGCUGAAGGGAGUAUAUCCCUCCUUAAUACCGGGAAAUCUUCCUACUAAUGUGGACGCCCUUUUAUCUGAUGCUGCCUGCCCCCGAAGCUUGGACUGUACCCUGAGAAGGAGGGCCUUGUGCCCACCAGGUUCUGGUGCCUGUGGGCCCUGCCUCCGGCCCUUUGUGGAGGAUGACCUUGGCCGCUGUAUUCCCAAAAAACAGCUACCAAGAGGUAAGAUGCAGCCCUGGCCCAACCUGGAAGAAGAAAUCGACUUACUGGCUAACAUGCUGGCCCAUCAAGACACUGUCCCCCACCGCCAGGAUACUGUCCCCCAGCGCUUCCGCUGGCCUGACCUCUCCUCUUCCUCUUUAGCAGCCACCCUGGUGUCCCCAGGACAGGAGCCCGAUACCCCAUCCCCUCAGGGCGCUCAAGUUCCCACGAUCACAGCCUCUCAUUCAUCUUCGAGGCCUGUGGAGAUGUCACCUGUGGAUCCCCCACACCCAUCCAAUGACGUCCUUGUUCUCAUGAUGAUCGUGGUCUGUGCAGUGGCUGGGCUCUCCGCACUGAUUGUGGCUGUUAUCUGCUGGUGCAGGUUACAAAAGGAAAUCCGCUUGGCUCAGAAAACAGACUACUCAUCCAAGUCCCAGAAAGUAUCCGGCUCCCCAGCCUUCGGCAGAAGCAUGCCUGGGGACAAGAAGCUUGCCCAGAGUGCCCAGAUGUAUCACUACCAGCACCAGAAGCAGCAGAUGCUGUCACUAGAGAAGCAUAAAGAGCAGCCCAAAAUUAUGGACUCUGGGUCCUCUGAGGAAGAGAAUGAGGAUGGAGACUUCACUGUCUAUGAGUGCCCUGGCUUGGCCCCUAUGAAUGCCUUGACUGGAGAGAUGGAGGUGAAGAACCCGAUGUUUGACGACUCUGCUCUGGUGGGCCCUAGCCCUCGAGCCACUGCUGGCUCUCGAUCUGGAUCUGGUCCCCGUGUCAGUUCAGGCUCCCGCACUGCUGGGUCCCGGACUGGCCCCCGCCCCAGCCCCGGGCGCCCUCGGCUGGUGGCCCCCAAAUCUCACCAAUGACCAGCCUACUGCCUUCUCCUGGCCAGUGACUCCAGCCUGGGAAAGGGAGCUCUGAAGGGGCUGGGGAUGGCCAGGGGUGGGGGGGGUGCUAAUAUUAGGAUGUUUCCCCCUAUUAAGAAAAAAAAAAAGCUCUGAAAUCCCAAGUUUUGCUGUUUGCAGUGAGUGCUGGCUUCCCCCCCCCCCAGUUUGGUCUCACUGUCCCCUUCCAAUGUUGGGAAGGAGAUGAGAAGGGGGGCAAGUAAGUCAUGAGCUCCCCUCGCCAUCCUCCCAGAAGGAAGGGGGUCUGUCUGUCCCUUCCCCCAAUCCCUUUUCCCUCCAACCUUUUGGGGCUGGGAUUUCUCCAAAAGGGGAUAGGGGAAGCAGCUUUGUAAUAUGCCCCUCACCCAGCCCAGGCCUCCCUAUAGCCAGGGCCCUGGCCAUGCUGGGAACACAGAACUUGGUGACAGAUCUUAGUCUCCAGGUGCCUUCCCCCAGAGCCCC